UCCUUCCUUCCUUCCUUCCUUCCUUCCUUCCUUUCUUCUUUCUAAGGUAUAUUCUGUCCAGUUUUCUUUUCUUCCUUCCUUCCUUCCUUCCUUCCUUCCUUCCUUCCUUCCUUCCUUCCUUCCUUCCUUCCUUCCUUCUUUCUAAGGUAUAUUCUGUGCAGUUUUCCUUUCCCUUCCUUCCUUCCUUCCUUCCUUCCUUCCUUCCUUCCUUCCUUCCUUCCUUCCUUCCUUCCUUCCUUCCUUCCUCCCUCCCUCCUUUGAUUCCAAGGUAUAUUCUGUCCAGUUUUCUUUCCUUCCUUCCUUCCUUCCUUCCUUCCUUCCUUCCUUCCUUCCUUCCUCCCUUCCUUCCUUCCUUCCUUCCUUCCUUCCUUCCUUCCUUCCUUCUUUCCAAGGUAUAUUCUGUCCAGUUUUCCCUUCCUUCUUUCUUUCUUUCCUGCCUUCCUUCCUUCCUUUAUCCUUUGUUUCCAAGGUAAAUUCUGUCCAGUUUUUCCUUCCUUCCUUCCUUAGUAUAUUCUCUCCAGUUUGAAACAUGGAGGGGAUGAAGGAGCGAAGCCUCUCUCUUUCUCUUCUUAGCAUCUUUUCCCUCUCUUCCCGCCUGGGCCACUCCUUCCUUCCUUCCUUCCUUCCUUCCUUCCUUCCUUCCUUCCUUCCUUCCUUCCUUCCUUCCUUCCUUCCUUCUUCCCAAAGUAUAUUCUGUCCAGUUUUUUCAAAAACAGGAGGCAAAUCGCAUCAGGGGAAAUCGUCACCCAACUUUCCUUCUUCUUUUUUUUUCUCCAAAGGAGGCUGAUUGAAUUAAAGGGCAAGGAGGCUUCUUGGAGGAAAGCGGGAGGGCGGGGAAGAGGGGCUGAAGCGAAGGGAAGGAGAGAGAAAAGGCUGGCUGGGGGACGUCAAUGGUGUGUAUUAAAUUCUAAUUAGAGAUGCAGGAAUCAGCCAGAGGGAAGUUGGACAGCUCGGCCUGCCUCUCCCUUCCUUUUCGCUCCCUCCCUCCCUCCCUCCUUUUCCCCUCCUCCCUCCCUCCCCCCCCCCCCCCAUUUGCCAGCCCAAUAGACUGAUGAGUUAUUGUCAUGUAAAAAGCGCCCGCGUUUCAAGACCCACCGCUUCGCUAUUGUCCAAGUGGAAAGAGCCAAGUUUAUUAUGAGGACUAUAUGCUCUAGAGACCUCGGGCCAGGCAGCUCAUAGGAGCCGGGUGGGUUGGUGUGUGUGCGUGCGUGUUUUUUUCUCCCUGUAUCAUAAAGCUCGGCUGGGCUGUUUGCAGGGAGGCCACUCAGUCUGGAAGCGAGAGCCGAGCUGCGCGCACCUCUCUCUCUCUUCCUCUCCGUCUCUGUGUGUGUGUCUCUGCCUGGCUUUCCCUUCGCCGGGCCCCUUGGAGCCUCCGCCAAUGUAUAAAAUGGAAUACUCCUACCUCAACUCCUCCGCCUACGAGUCCUGCAUGGCCGGCAUGGACACCUCCAGCCUGGCCUCGGCGUACGCGGACUUCAGCUCCUGCAGCCAAGCCGGCGGCUUCCAGUACAACCCCAUCCGGACCACUUUCGGGGCCACGUCGGGCUGCCCGUCCCUGGCGCCGGGCUCCUGCAGCCUGGGCAGCCUCCGCGACCACCAGAGCAGCCCCUACGCCGCAGUCCCCUACAAACUCUUCACCGACCACGGGGGUUUGAACGAGAAGCGGAAACAACGGCGGAUCCGGACCACUUUCACCAGCGCUCAGCUGAAAGAGUUGGAGCGGGUUUUCGCCGAGACGCACUAUCCAGACAUCUACACCCGGGAAGAGCUGGCUUUGAAGAUCGACCUCACCGAAGCCCGUGUCCAGGUCUGGUUCCAGAACCGGAGGGCGAAAUUCCGCAAGCAGGAGCGGGCGGCGGCGGCUGCGGCGGCGGCGGCCAAGAACGGCUCCUCGGGGAAGAAGGCGGACGCCUCCCGGGACGACGACGGCAAGGAGGCCAAGAGCACGGACCCGGACAGCACCGGCGGGCCCGGGCCCAACCCCAACCCGGCGCCCAGCUGCGGGGGAGGCAGCGGCGGCGUGGGGGGCGGGGGGCCGAGCCCGGCGGGGGGCCCGGACGUGGGCAAGGGCGCGGGGGCGGGGCCCGGGGGAGCGGCCCCGGGGCCGGGGGUGCAGGGCGGGGGCCUGGCGGGGCCGGGCCAGGGCUGGGCUCCCGGGCCGGGGCCCAUCGCCUCCAUCCCGGAUUCCUUAGGCGGGCCCUUCGCCAGCGUCCUCUCCUCGCUGCAGAGACCCAACGGCACCAAAGGCACCCUGGUCAAGAGCAGCAUGUUUUGAAGCGGCCGCGCCGAGGGGUGGGCGGGGCUUCUGAGAAGGGGAGGGGCCUCGGCAAAAGGGGCGGGGCCUCCGCUGGCCUCCUCGAGCAGUCACAGGGACCCCGCACGCGCUGCUCCUCUUCCUCUUCCGG